GGAUAAAAUAUUCCACUAUAGAAUCCCAUUUGUUUCCCUAUCCGUGCUUUCCUUCAUCUUCUUGGCCUGUUUCUUUUAUCCCUCUUCUCCAACAAGUACCGCACAGGGUAAGUAUUUUAAUCUCUGAUUGGAACCGUGCCUAAUCUCCUCAACUUCCAACCUUCGACCUAGGACACUCCGAAAUUUCAAAUUGGGGUUUAAACAAAAGCUUCGGCAAAACUCUGCUGGGUUGGCAUUAAGAGCUUCUCGCGUCAGAAAUAACUAAGGCUGUGUGAAUAUGGGUGUCGAGGAGCAAGGCGAGGAAAUUAAUGUACAGUCUAUGAUAGAGCAGCUCUCUCAGGCAUUUCUUGAAUUGGAAGCUCAGAAGGGGGAGACUGAGAAUAAGAUUCAGUGGGUUGAAAUUAAGCAACAUUUCCAUGACCUUGAGACGGAGUUGAAUAAGAAACUUGAAGAGCUGGAAGCUAAGGAGAGGGAGUACGAAGCGAAACAAGUAGAAGUGGAUACACUACUCGCAGAAAGGAAGACUGUGAUUGCUUCUAAAGAGCAAGACCUCUUAGAUCGGUUGCAGGAGCUUAAAGAUGCUGCUGUAGCUUCCAUUGUAGAGGCUCAUGCAAAUCACCGGAAUGCCACUCUGGAGUCUGUGUAUGAUGGGGAGAACAAAGAUAACAAGGUAAGCAACUCUCUUGGCGAUACAAAUUCCUCAGAGGACGAUUUUCCUCAUAAGUCAGAUGAAAAGUCUAAAGGUGUGGCUGUUGAGGGUAGGCCACGUCCAGAGCUGACACAAUUUUGUGAGCAAAUGGAUGCAAAAGGUCUUCUGAAUUAUAUUGUGGAGAAUAAAAAAAAAAAAUCUGUUAAUCGUGAAGAAAUUUCUGUUGCAUUACAAAGUGCAACUGAUCCAGCAUGUUUGGUGCUGGAUUUACUGGAGGGGUUUUACCCCACCAAUGAAACUUCCCAACUAAAAGAUAAAUCUGGUGCUUCCCUACAGGGCAUGCGCAAAUCCUGUAUUAUAAUUUUGGAAGCCAUGGCCACCUUAUUGGCAAGGGCUGAUCCAGGUGCAGAUCACCUUCUGAACCCUCAAACCAAGCAGCAUGCCAAAGCAAUUGCUGAUGAGUGGAGGCCCAACUUAGCUAGAGCAGAUACUGAUGCUGCCAAUGGAAAUUCAUUGGAAGCAAAGGCAUUCUUCCAGCUUAUUUCAACUUUUAAGAUUGCUUCAGAGUUUGAUGAAGAAGAACUCUGCAAGCUUGUACUUGCAGUUGCUCAGCUUAGGCAGGCACCUGAGCUCUGCUGCUCUAUUGGGUUAAUUCACAAAAUGCCAGCUGUUGUAGAAUCAUUAAUCAAUACUGGGAAACAAAUAGCAGCUGUACAUUUUAUUCAUGCCUUCCAGCUCCAAGAAAGCUUCCCCCCAGUGCCCCUUCUGAAGGCAUACCUCAAGAAUCGAAGGAGAAAUUCACAAGUUAAGACUGGAAAUGUGCGUGACAUCACUAGUGCAAAGAAUGAUGCCAAUGCACAAGAGCUUGCAGCACUGAGAGCUGUAAUUAAGUGUAUUGAAGAAUACAAGCUUGAAUCUGACUACCCUCCUGAUACACUUCGGAAAAGGGUUCUUCAACUAGAGAAAUCAAAGGGAGAUAGAAAGAGAAGUGGAGAAUUUAUUAAACGCCCUCAAUCAAAGAGGCCAAGGCCGAAUGAGAGACGUUUUUCACUCCAUUCAUCUGGUGGUAGCGUUGCUUCAACUGUUGUUUUGGGUAGGCAGGUUCCCCCUGUUAGGGCACCAUAUGCAGCAAAUCCUGAUAGGUAUCCCCAUGAUGGCACAAUCACAUAUGAUUAUCAAGUUCCUGGUCAAUCUAUAUACACUGCAGCAUCUAAUGCUCCUCCUUCUAACUAUGGUCGUUAUAUGGGUACUAGUACUAGUUUGCAAUCCUCACACCAACCAUACUUGUGAGUUUUUUUUCCAUCCAAUCAUUAGUGGAAAGACUACAGACUUGAGAAGGAUCAACUCAUUAGUAUAUGCUUGGUUUUCCAUUGAGAAUUUUAGAUAGAACCUCGUGUAUGUUUGUCAGAAAGCUACUAGUUACUUUUUGUUCGCAUGCUCAGGAAUUUGUGUUAAUGGAAAAUCAAACUGUUUUUGUUUUUGUAUGAGCUUCUUAUGAUGCCAAAGGGCAGAUGUACUCUUACAUUUUCAUCCAAUGGUAACUUGUGUUAAAUCAAGUGCA